UGUUGAUUGAGACUUCUUGAACAUACAAACGCCUCAUGUAGACAGCAGGGAGUUUUGGACGGCGUUUUUCUCGCCGAGAUCGUGAGCAAAUCAGUUAGUGGUUGGGACCUACUUGGCUUGAGGACGGAGUAGUGCACCGUUUGUUUGUUUGUUUGUAACUGAAUGCUGGGGCAGAGCAGCAGAGUGGGUUGCAUCACGAACUCUGCGGCAGGAAUUCCUCGUGCAUUUCAGUCAGCAAUUUGUGCAAGAUGAAAUCAUGUUGCACACAGGUACAAAAGCGGACAGACUCUCUGAUUCUAUUCGUUACAGUUCAGCUACUCCUGUUACCUCAAGUGACUGUGCGUGCAGCCAGCAGUUCCACUAGCAUCAAACAAGGGGUUUUGGACGGCGCAUCACAGGUCUGCCACACUGGCGUGUAUUUCCUAGCCUCGGAACACACAGACAACCGUACUGUGCAAGUGCUGAAAAACACUUGCCAGCAGAGGAAAGCAACGCUACCUACGGCUAGCGCAGUUAAGAGUGCGUGUUUUCUGACGUUUUGUCAAAGUGUUUCUGCUGAUGUCAUUUCCGGAGGGUUUGCCUUCGCUGCGGACAACGGCAGUCGGUACACAUACGAUGGCGGAUCCGUAACCAUGGGAACAUUGUUAUCCCUUGGCAACUACCUCGUCUGUGAAGGUGCUGCGUACAAACGCUGUGCGUCCGGCACCUCGGCCUGGUUACCUCAAGACAUCCGUAUUCUCUCGUUGUCAUCCAGCAAUGCCCAGCAAACUUGCCAUUCACAGCUACCAGCCAGCAAGGCAGAUGGCAACAGUGAUCCUUGCUUUAGCUCUUUCAAGGACGAUGUCUUGCAGUAUUUCCGUAGCUUCAACAAAUUUCGCACAUCUCAGUCACCUAGAAGAAAUCAAAACAGCGCAGUGAUAUGUUUCGGUCAGCUGGAGGACUUGGCGUUCUCCUGCAAUCCACAUCUCUAUGUUGUCGAAUCACUGGCCAGCCAUGCUACCAAUCCUCACUGGAGAACUGCCUGUCAGAAGAGAACAACAUCGCUAGGGUUGGUGAAGGUGGACAAUGAGCCCAGUUACUGUCUGCGUUUCUUUGCGCAAGGUAUUUACAGCCGGCUGGGUGGGCGCACGCCGUUCGCUUUCCUUGGCACGAACGCCCAGAAUGCCGAUUCUCUGUAUGAGGUGCGAGUCAAUGUCAAAGAUAAUGUGCUCAUGACCAAUAUCAGCUACCAGCCUGGCCAAACAAGCCUACCUGUAAUCCUGCUCUGUUCUGGGAAUCUUCGCUCAAUGUGCGCAAACACUGGGUCUGUUGCGUGGUUACCAUCUGGUCAAUUGCCGGCGGGCCGCAAGGCAGCGCUGGACAAAUGCGGACCUCUCAUCAGCCGGUCAUCUAUGGACUGUUUGCCAAAACUCCGGCAACUGUUAAACACCAUGCUGCCAAGCUUUGGGCGGUAUUGGCAGAGAGAGACAACGAAUAGUUUGGGUGACUUCGGUAUCGAGCAACAUACUACAGCCAUUUGUCACGGAACUCUCUCUAACCUCCGAGUAUCGUGUGCCAACUACAACCUCAGUGUCUUUGACAGCACCGACAUGGACAAUCUGUGUGCAAGAGACGAGUUUCCAACCUCAAGCAUGCAUCGGGAGUCUUGCUAUUUUGGCUUUAUCUCUGUUCUCGUGGGCUACUUUGGCAACAAGACUGUGUCAGUUGAGCUCAAUGAUUCGUCAGUGACAUCAUUCAAAGACACGUUUACCGUAUCAGGCAGCUCUGCAACCCGGCUCGUCACCGUGUGUGCUACGAGAAAUGCGUCCACAACCGUGGCUUCUGCCACCGGCAGUACCAGGGUAGCCAUGACAACAGCGCAAGCUACAAUGCCGCCAACAGCUCCAAAGCCAGCGAUGACAAGCACAAUGGCAUCUGCAGCGAUACCAUGUCCUAUUGGGUACAUUUGUUUGAAUGGAGAAUGCCGCAAAGAUGCCAACAAUGCCUUGUUUUGCCA